AUGCACCUGCAAGCCCUUCUAGGACUUUCAAGUCUUGCUCUAGCUGCAAUUGUCUCUGCAUGCGGCCUUGAAGGAAGUGAGCAUCAUCACAUAACUAUCAGAGACCGCAGCCGCGAUGAAAACGAAAUUCAAGACGAUAAGUUCGUGACCCGUGGGUUCAAGCCCAGAUGCGGCCCUGAAAUUGGCAAAUGCUCUGAUGGCUACUGCUGCUCAUCUGCAGGCUUCUGUGGCGAUACGCAAGAACAUUGCAAGUCCCCGGACUGCCUUAUGGAUUAUGGUCGUUGCGAUGCACAUAAGCGUCCCAAGGGCCCUCCGACAAGCACAAUUCCUCGUCCGAAGAUUGGAAACGUGUUAUACGGCCCAAGUAUCAUCCGCUCAUGCAAUGUCCCUGGGACUGUUGCUUUGACAUAUGACGAUGGCCCGUAUAAGUAUACCCAAGACCUGCUGGACCUACUGGAUAGAUACGAUGCCAAGGCAACAUUCUUCAUCACGGGGGUCAAUAAUGGCAAGGGCCAGAUCGAUGAUCUCAAUCUUCCCUGGGCCUCCUUGAUCAAAGAUAUGUACCUCAAAGGCCAUCAAGUUGCUAGUCACACUUGGUCACAUCAGAAUCUUACCAGAAUCACUUCUGAUCAGCGUCGAGAGCAGAUAUUGAGGAAUGAAGCUGCAAUUCGCAACAUCAUUGGGGUAUUUCCGACAUACAUGCGUCCCCCAUUUUCAAGCUGCGAUAUCGCAUCGAAUUGUCUCGAUGACAUGGGGUCAUUUGGAUAUCACGUUGUCCUCUACGACCUGGACACGCAAGAUUAUAGAAACGCAAACCCGGAAGCCAUCCAGCAAUCCAAAGACAUCUUCGACCGUGAACUGUCCUACUGGAAAGUCUCGGAAAAGUCUUGGCUGGUCAUUGGUCAUGAUAUACAGGAGCAAACGGUAUACAACCUGACGGAGCACAUGCUCCGACGACUCACAGACGAUGGCUACCGUGCUGUAACUGUUGGAGAUUGCCUCAGCGACCCUCGUGAAAACUGGUACCGGAAAGACAAUAGAAUUAUUUCUGGGCCCAAUGAUAAGACUCCUAAAGCGCCACCAGCUGGCAACAAGCCCGUCUCUACUGAUGGGACCUGCGGUGCCAACCAUACUUGCAUUAAGUCUAACUUUGGGCCUUGCUGUAGCAGCCACCACUUUUGCGGCAAUUCGACUCAGCAUUGUGGCGUGGGUUGUCUACCAGAUGCAGGCUAUUGCUUUUCCCCUAACACCACUACUCUGAACAUCACCGAUUCUCUCGGGGGAGCAGUCAAUACUGAAAGCAAGAUCUCAGCUGCUCACUCAAUAUAUGGAGCGACAUCCAAGGCAGGUUCACUAGUCGGCAACCCUGCUUUGACCCUAGGGAGACCUCUAUCUAUGGCCAUUGUUACUGCACUCGUUGGGGCCAUGCUGUUCGAGCUGUGA